CGACAAAGCAGCGCGGUAGAGCUUGACACGAACAUGUGAAGCCACCCACUCGACUCUCUCCCCCGUCAAUCGCGUCCUGUCGCGCGCCCACUCGCCGUCCCCUCCCGCAUCCCACGCGUCGGGCAGCCAUCCCCACCAUGGAGCGCGAGUACCACGCCCACCAGUACGAUGCAGGCCGCCCGCGCCCAAAGCGUAUGUACACGGCUGUAGACCGUCCGAGGGCAGAGCCAGGCUGACCAUGUUCUGUCUGCAGGAGCCGUCACCGACUACGGCGCCACGACAGUCCAAUGGAUGCGCAACCGCCGCCCGCGCUACAAGAACGCGGCCGUGGCAGAGAUGGAGCGGCCCAGCGCAAGCUACAUCGUCGACAUGGCGCCGCCCGCCGCCCGCCUCGCCAGCGCCGCCGAGUCGAUUCCCGCCAAAGCCGUGCACUCGUCGCUCAACAAGGUCAAGCACCCCAUCAACGUGGUCAAGUGGACGCCCGAGGGCCGCCGCCUGCUCACGGGCUCCACCAGCGGCGAGUUCACCCUGUGGAACGGCAUGGGCUUCAACUUCGAGACCAUCAUGCAGGCCCACGACGCCGCCAUCCGCGCCGUCGAGUACACCCACACCGACGACUGGCUGCUGUCGGCCGACCAGACGGGUGUCGUCAAGUACUGGCAGACCAACUUCAACAACGUCAAGGAGGUCCAGGCCCACUCCGAGGCGGUACGUGGGCUCGCCAUCGCGCCCACCGACUCCAAGUUCGUCACGUGCGCCGACGACACGACGCUGAAGAUCUGGGACUUUGCCUCGAGCGCCGAGGAGUCGACGCUGACGGGGCACGGCUGGGAGGUCAAGUCGGUCGACUGGCACCCGCACAAGGGGCUGCUGGUCUCGGGCUCCAAGGACCACCAGGUCAAGUUCUGGGACCCGCGCACCGCCCGCUGUCUGUCGACGCUGCACGGCCACAAGAACCCCAUCUCCAAGACCCUCUUCGAGCCCGUCCAGGGUAACCUGCUCGCCACGUGCGCCCGCGACCACACGGCCCGCAUCUUCGACCUGCGCAUGAUGCGCGACGUGCUGCUGCUGCGCGGCCACGAAAAGGACAUCAUCACCAUGGCCUGGCACCCCAUGCACAAGAACCUGCUCUCCACGGGUGGCGUCGACGGCAGCAUCCACCACUACCUGCUGGACGAGCAGAACCCGCCGCCCGGCCAGCCCCCCUCCAUCUCCCCCUACGACUCGGCCGACCCCCACAACGCCCCCGCCCAGGCCAUCUACCCCGCCCACAGCCUGCAGUACGCCCACGACUUCACCGUCUGGACCCUCGACUGGCACCCCCUGGGCCACAUCCUCGCCUCCGGCUCAAACGACCGCGUCACACGCUUCUGGACCCGCCCCCGCCCCGGCGACACCUCCUACGUCAACGACCGCUACCACAUCGGCCAAGCCGCCGCCGAAGCACAAGGCACCUACGACCGCGGCCAGGGCCGCCGCCAGAUGCGCGAGGAAGAGGAGCAAGAAGCCGAAGACGAAGCAGAAGGGCUCGUCGACCAGAAACUCCCCUCGCGCACCCCAACCACCCUCCCCUUCAUGCCGCCAGGCCUCUCCCUCCCAGGUCUCAACGCCGCUCCAGACGGGUCCUCCAGCGCCCUGCCCGGCAUCGGCGGUAUGCCUGUCCCCCUCCCCGUCCCUCCUCCUCCCCCAAUGGCUGGCAUAAACGUAACCGGACACCCACCCCUCCCCUUCCCAGCCGCAAUGGACCCCUCCCGCAUAGCCCAACUCAUCCAAUCCGGCGCCCUCCCUCCACCCUUCCCUCCAAACGCCCACGCACCCCCACCUCCAAACGGCGUACCCCCCUUCCCCCCCGGGCCCCCGCCGAACUUCGCUUUCCCGCCAGGGAUACCGGGUAUGCCUGCCAUGCCGCCCGGGAUGCCGCCUGGGUUCCCCGCGGGCGCGUUUCCGGGGUUCCCCCCUCCGCCGCCGUCGCAGGGCGGGAUUGUGGCGCCGCCGCCGGGUUUUCUGCAGAGUCAGGGGCAGAAUGGGGCGGGGCAGGGGCAGGGGCAGGUGGGUAAAGAUGGUGUGAGGCGGAGGGGGCCGUUGCCGGAUCAGCAGGAUGCGCUGAAGGCGGAGAUGAUGCAGGGGCGGUAUCGGAAGCCGCGGUGAUGGUACUUCAUGGGAUGGGAUGUUGUUUUUGUGUAGAGAUAGGUCAUGGCGUUGGGGUUGGGAUUGGCGUUAACAUCGCGCCAUGCAUAGUUGGUCAGAAGUAGUCGCCAUCGAAUACCCUAUUUCGUCUUUCCCCC